UGCAUAAGCCCGGGUUCCGGUUUGUAUUGGCUGGAUCCGCGCGAGGGUGACGUCAUUGGGACGUACUAAGACUAGGGUUGAGCCCGGAAUCGGAGCCAUUACUGCAGGAAAAAGGUCCCGCCGAGCUGAGCAGUCAAGAUGUGUGACUUCACCGAGGACCAGACCGCAGAAUUCAAGGAGGCCUUCCAGCUGUUUGACCGAACAGGUGAUGGCAAGAUCCUGUACAGCCAGUGUGGGGAUGUGAUGAGAGCCCUGGGCCAGAACCCCACCAAUGCUGAGGUGCUCAAGGUCCUCGGGAACCCCAAGAGUGAUGAGAUGAAUGUGAAGGUGCUAGACUUUGAGCACUUCCUGCCCAUGCUGCAGACUGUGGCCAAGAACAAGGACCAGGGAACCUAUGAGGACUAUGUCGAAGGCCUACGGGUGUUUGACAAGGAAGGGAAUGGUACUGUCAUGGGAGCUGAAAUCCGUCAUGUUCUUGUCACAUUGGGUGAGAAGAUGACAGAAGAAGAAGUGGAGAUGCUGGUGGCAGGGCACGAGGACAGCAAUGGCUGUAUCAACUAUGAAGCGUUUGUGAGGCAUAUCCUGUCAGGGUGACGGCCCGUGGGGCGGGUACGGCUCCUCUCAGCCUCUUCUUUAGUUGAACUCCCCAGAGUUUUUCUUCCCAACCUGUGCUCUCUAGCCCCUGCCCUUACCCUACUACCAUUUGAUUUCCUUCUGGCAUGUUCCUGCAUGGAGCUGGCUAGGGAGGGGAGGGAUUCCUCAAAGAGGAAGGCAGCUUGGGGAUACGGUACCUCCUUAUUUCUCUCCUAGAAUGGGCUCUGAGAUUUUGCUUAUAGGGCUUUGGAUGCUGGUGUCUGGGAACUCUCACCAGCUAAUAGAGCAGUCUUGCCUUAGGGUGAUACUUUGGCCUUGGAGCAUGAAGAGUUGGCAUAGAGGGAGUGGGCUGCCUGCCCCAUUUUGCUGCUAUAGCUGAAGAACCCUUUCCCUGUCCCUCUUCUGGGGAACUUGGAGGUACCCUAACCCAAAAUUCUGUCCUCUCCUCCCUCCAGUGGCUGACAGUAGCUGUAGGUGUAGUUGAGAACUUUCUGCCUUUGCUGUAUUCUUGGUGCUCAGGGUGGGGUGGGGAGCUAACAACUGGUGGGAGGGGAGCUAGGGGCAGAGAAAACUGGUCAGACUCAAGGUGGCUCCUUUGCAAACUGACCCUGAGGUUGGUUGCUGUUGGUUGGUUGGUUGCUACCUUUGCAGUCUCAUAGUCUCCUGGCCCCUGGCAUACCCCUCCCUCCCCAGCCCUCUCUCUGGCUUAUCCACGUUUCUUU